AUGGCAAAGGUCUACAAAUUCGCAAGCUCUGAACAAUUAGCUGGAAACUUAGGUUCUUACGUCUUAGCUGCUCAAGAAAAGGCAUUAUCUAGUAGUGACAGGUUUAACAUUGCUAUUAGUGGUGGUUCUUUAGUUGAAGUUUUACGCGAUAGUUUGAUCUUGGAUAAAUCAGUUGCAGGAAAAGUUAACUGGAACAAGUGGAAUGUCUUUUUUUGUGAUGAAAGAAUCGUACCAUUGAAUCAUCCUGAUAGUAAUUACGGUGCUUUUAAAAAACAUGUUUUAAAUAACUUAUCACCAGAAAAUUUGAAAAAUCUAAAGGUAUUUACUUUAGACGAAUCUCUAGUUUUCUCCAAUGCUGAAGCGUGUGAAAAAAUUGCAGAAGAAUACGAAUCGAUUUUGCCAGCUUCAGGUGGAUUCGAUCUAUUGUUAUUAGGUUGUGGUCCAGACGGUCACACCUGUUCAUUAUUCCCUGGUCAAACUCAUAAAUAUUUAUUAGACGAAAAGACAAGAAAAGUUAUGUACUGUCAUGAUUCUCCAAAACCACCAAGUGAUAGAAUUACAAUAACUUUGCCUGUAAUUGGUGCUACAAAGGAAACAGCAUUCGUUGCUCAAGGUGCUUCUAAACAACCAAUUAUGCAUAAAAUUUUUGAUCUGAAGGAUACUAGUUUGCCUUCUGCUUUGGUAACUCAGCUAUUCGACAAAAAAAUAUCUUGGUUCGUUGACGACGCUGCUUUCGAAACUGUAACGACUACCGAAUACUACUAA